UUCAAUUCAGUGAUUGGAUACAUCGAAAAUGGGUCCCACCUUUAGUCUACUUGCGAAACACCAGAUUAUAAUUCCGCUUCCCUCCAAACAACAGCUCAAACGUCCGUGGAUAUACUCGAAUGACCGGUAACUCCCAGUGAAUUUGGAUUGAUUAUCGCUUUAAAUUCGUCUUGGAGACCGGAAGUAGCCGGUCACACAGGUCACAGCUGGUUUCCGUUUCAUUUUGAUUGCGCUGUAUAAAACUGCUCAUAAAACGCAUUGUCAAAUGCGGUAAUGGCGUAUGCACAUGCAGAAGAGCCUCCUUCUUGUGAAGCGGAUAAAUCCAAUUCUCUGUUGCCCACCACCAGCUGCGGUUGUUCCCGGCUAUCGUGCUUCGGAUCUCGCCGAACAGCCGCCGGCGGGCCGUCAUGGUGGGAGCGGAUUAGGGCGUCGGAGGUUCACAACGAGGGGCGCUGGUGGGCGCGAGGCGUUAGGGUUCUUUUGAAGCUCCGAGAGUGGUCGGAGAUCGUCGCUGGACCGAGAUGGAAGACUUUCAUUCGCCGAUUCAAUCGGAAUAGAAGUGGUGCUACUGCUGCUGCUAGGCCUGGAAAAUUUCAAUACGAUCCGUUGAGUUACGCUAUGAAUUUCGACGAAGGCUCGGGGCAGAUAGGGGAAUUGGACGACGAUAUCGAUGAUUUCAGUGGAUUUCGAAACUUCUCUGCUCGCUACGCUUCGAUUCCGGGGUCGUUGAAGACUGCAGGAACCACUGUUUUGGGGAAGGAUGCUCCUACCGUCGAGUAAAGGUGUGCUAUAUCUACUAAAAUGCGCCCUGUUUAUUGUUGUUAUUGUCCACACAUUGAGCUGGAAGGUUGACCGUGUGACAUCACCGGCGGCGCCACCUCCAUUAGAUUUUUCUUCAUAGUCUGAAAAGUAAAUACACAUGUUUAAGCAAAUUUUGGGGAUUUUCCUUUUUCCUUCUUCCUAAUUGGAUUGGUGGCGCAUCAGGAUCACCGAACAAUACAAUUAGAGGAAUUGUUUAUUAUAAUUAUUCUUUUAUAUUAAACGAUACCUUGAUAGGA